UUGAUGACCUAUUCACGACAACGACGACGACGUUUCUGCCGCUAAUUUUGACUGUGACUAUCGCAACUCUCAUGACUGCUGACCCCGCACAACGCUUUGUCUGCGCCGUCGGCGGACGCAUAACCACGGUCAGAUUCACAUACCCCCAAGCACCAUCAUCGGCACUCAAGUUGACACCAUCUCGGACAAGGUUUCCGACAUCAGUUUCGCCAAAACCAAGCUUCAAAUUUGUUUCGACAAAGACGUACUGCAUGAUGCAUUCCCAUACACCUCCCGUUUAUCCUUCCGCCCGAAACCUUCAUCCGGAAGGCCGUUUGUGGUCAUCGCCACGUGCGGGGGAAGAUUCCUCAAGAUUUGGGCGUCCUGGGCGUUCUGGGCAUCGCGGGGCAUCGUGAGAUACCAAGCCCAUUCCUGUCACUGCCACUCUGCAGGAAGGGGGGUCUGGGUAGGAGGAAGGCAGCGAGUGGGAGAGAGAUGGACAACAGGACACGUCCCAGAGUUUUCCUCUUCGUUCACCACGGCUUCGAUCCCAUCCAAUGGCAUAACAGCCAAGACGGAUGAAAUAUCAGAUCCAGGUUGGGGGUAUGCCGCCGAGCCCAAGCUACAAGUGGACGAGCCUGGUUGUGCCUCACUAAAAGGGUUGAUAUGCCGGUCGAGGAACAAAGAUUGAUGGUCACGAUAUGGUUAGAAUGGAUGGUGGUGGAUGGCUGCAAGAGGAUGUGGUCUAGAUGCGGUCCAGCUGCAAGCAGAAGUACACUCAAGGUUAGCCCGAGCGCAAGCCCAAGAAUAAACGAGUCGAAAUGAGUCUAACGAGCAAAAAGAAAGCUCCUCGAUGCUAC